AUGCACCGUGUAGCGAGUGCAGGGAACACAUCAAGUUCAGUUCGGCCCCGCAAAGAAAAGAGGUUGACAUAUGUCUUGAAUGACGCAGAUGACACGAAGCAUUGUGCAGGUAUCAAUUGUUUGGCUGUUUUAAAGUCUACCGGAGCUGAUGAGCACGAGCGUCUCUUCACGGGCAGCCGUGAUGGCACCUUAAAGAAAUGGGAACUAACUGAAGAUGGUGCCACCUGCUCCACGACAUUUGAGUCUCAUGUUGAUUGGGUCAACGAUGCAGCCAUUAUAGGUGGGAACACACUUGUAUCUUGCUCGUCAGACACUACAGUCAAGGUUUGGAAUUGCUUGCAUGAUGGAACUUGUGUGAGAACCCUCCGACAGCAUUCCGACUAUGUCACUUGUCUUGCUGCUGCUGAAAAUAAUUGCAACAUUGUUGCCUCCGGUGGCCUCGGUGGAGAAGUAUUCAUAUGGGACCUCGAAACUGCACUUGCACCACAGUCGAAGACGAGUGAUUCAACGGAAGAUGAAUGUGCAAAUGGUAUCCACGGGCCAGGAAGUUCUUUGCCAGUUACUAGUCUUCGACCUGUUAACUCAAGCAACAGCAUUUCCUUACAUACAACUCAAUCACAAGGUUAUAUUCCCAUUGCUGCAAAAGGGCACAAGGAAUCAGUCUAUGCAUUGGCGAUGAAUGACAGCGGAAACCUUCUUGUUUCCGGUGGAACUGAGAAGGUUGUGCGUGUUUGGGAUCCAAGAAGUGGUACAAAAACAAUGAAACUUCGAGGGCAUACAGAUAAUAUUAGGGCGCUGCUUCUGGAUUCUUCUGGCAGGUACUGUUUAUCUGGGUCCUCUGAUUCCAUGAUCAGGCUUUGGGAUCUUGGUCAACAGCGAUGUGUUCACUCUUAUGCUGUGCAUACUGAUUCUGUUUGGGCCCUUGCUAGCACUCCAAACUUUAGCCACGUUUAUAGUGGUGGAAGAGACCUAUCAUUAUACCUGACGGAUUUGGCAACAAGAGAGAGCGUUUUGUUAUGUACAAAGGAACAUCCUAUUUUACAGUUGGCAUUACAUGAUGAUGGAAUUUGGGUUGCAACCACGGACUCUUCUGUACAUAGAUGGCCAGCUGAAGCACAAAAUCCUCAGAAAGUUUUCCAAAGAGGUGGUUCCUUUUUGGCGGGGAACUUAUCAUUUUCAAGAGCAAGGGUUUCAUUGGAGGGAUCAACACCAGUACCUGUAUAUAAAGAACCAUCCUUCAGCAUUCCUGGGACUUCAGGAAUAGUCCAGCAUGAGAUCUUGAAUAAUAGAAGACAUGUUUUAACUAAGGACACUGACGGUAUAGUGAAAUUAUGGGAGAUCACGAGGGGUGUUGUAGUUGAAAAUUAUGGACAGGUUUCUUUUGACAAGAAGAAAGAAGAACUAUUUGAGAUGGUCAGCAUCCCUGCUUGGUUUACUGUUGAUACUAGGCUUGGGAACUUGGCUGUACAUUUGGAUACACCACAAUGCUUUUCCGCUGAGAUGUAUUCUGCUGACUUGAGCAUCAAUGGAAAACCUGAAGAUGACAAGGUUAAUUUAGCCCGAGAAACUCUUAAAGGCCUCUUGGCUCAUUGGUUAACCAAACGAAGGCAAAGAUUUGGUUCUCAAGGUUCAGGCAAUGCUGAAGUCCAUUCUGGGAGAGGUGAUAUAUCUUCCAGGAAUAUAGCUCUAUCCAAAGGUGAGGUAGAUGGGAAUGCUGAAAAUGAUUCGAUGGUGUAUCCGCCAUUUGAAUUUUCAGUAGCUGCGCCUCCUUCUAUUAUUACUGAAGGUUCUCAAGGUGGGCCUUGGAGAAAGAAAAUCACGGACUUAGACGGAACUGAGGAUGAGAAGGACUUUCCUUGGUGGGUUCUAGACUGUGUGUUGAAUAAUCGCCUUCCUCCCAGGGAAAAUACCAAAUGCAGUUUUUACUUGUUUGCAUGUGAGGGUUCAACUGUCCAGAUAUCAACUCAAGGAAAGCUGAGUGCACCACGUAUAUUGAGGAUACAUAAAGUUAUUAAUUAUGUCGUAGAGAAGAUGGUCCUCGACAAGCCGCUGGAUACAUUAUAUCUUCAUAUACCAUUGUCAGAUAAAACUUACUAUUCCUUGCAUACUCUUUCACAUUGGCUGGUUAGGAUGGUUGAAGAAACUGUGAGGGCUCAACAUGCUUCAUCUCCAAGUAAGCCAAUAUAUCUUGUGGGGGAUUCAUUUGGUGGAUGUUUAGCACUUGCAGUUGCUGCACGUAAUCCAACUAUUGACCUUGUACUAGUCUUAGCUAAUCCAGCAACUUCGUUUGGUAGGUCACAGUUGCAACCACUGCUGCCGUUGCUGGAAAGUUUGCCUAAUGAGCUUCAUUUUACAGUCCCUUAUCUUUUAAGCUUUGUUAUGGGUGAACCAAUGAAGAUGGCUAUGGUUACUGUUGAUGCCACUCUUCCUCCUACAGUAUUUCUUGAGAAGCUGUCUGGCAACCUGACAUCUUUGCUUCCACGCCUUUCUACUUUGUCUGAUAUUAUACCAAAGGACACUCUUCUCUGGAAGCUGAAACUUCUCAAAUAUGCUGCUGCUUAUGCUAAUUCUCGUCUACAUGCGGUAACUGCUGAAGUUCUUUUGCUUGCAAGUGGCAAGGAUAACAUGCUUCCAAGCAUAGAUGAAGCAAAAAGGCUUGAGGGGUCUUUGAAGAAUUGUGAAGUGAGAAUCUUCAAGGACAAUGGGCAUACCAUUUUAUUGGAAGAUGGUGUUAAUCUGCUGACAAUCGUAAAAGGAACCUGCAAAUACCGUCUAUCAAGAAAACAUGACUAUGUUAUGGGUUUUAUACCUCCUAGCAAGUCAGAGUUCAAGAAUGCACUUGACAAUAAUCGAUUCUAUCGGUAUUUCACUGGCCCAGCUAUGUUUUCUACCUUGGAGGACGGAAAGAUAGUUAGAGGUUUGUCGGGAGUACCUGAUGAAGGCCCAGUCAUAUUAGUUGGUUACCACAUGCUUAUGGGACUAGAACUUGUUCCACUUGUUGAAGAAUUCUUGAGAACCAAGAAUAUUCUAGUUCGUGGUAUUGCACAUCCAACGUUGUUCUCAGAACUUGUUCGAACUGACUCUAAGGAGUUCUCCUACUUUGAUACAUUAAAAAUAUAUGGAGCUACACCUGUCAGUGCGAGCAAUCUUUUCAAAUUGUUCAAAGCAAAAUCUCAUGUGUUGCUAUAUCCUGGUGGUGCUCGUGAGGCUCUUCAUCGUAAGGGUGAAAUGUAUAAACUAUUUUGGCCAGACCAACCAGAAUUUGUAAGAAUGGCAGCCAAGUUUGGUGCCACAAUUGUACCUUUUGGAGUCAUUGGAGAAGAUGACAUAGUAGAAUUAGUACUUGACUAUGAUGACAUUAUGAAGAUCCCUGUGCUUAAUGAUUAUAUUAGGAGAAACAAUGAACUCUCUCGGUUUAGAGUAAGGGCUAAUGUAACUGGAGAGGUUGCGAAUCAAGAAUUGUACUUUCCAGGCCUGUUGCCCAAAAUCCCCGGUCGACUGUACUAUUUGUUCGGAAAGCCAAUCCGUACUGAAGGAAUGGAGGAGUUGUUGAAAGACAGACAAGAAGCAAGAGAGCUGUACCUUCAGAUAAAGUCUGAGGUUGAAAACAAUAUGGCCUACUUAAUGAAGAAAAGGGUUGAAGAUCCUUACAGAAAUAUUUUUGAUCGAACAGCUUAUCGGGCAUUUUCUGCUCCCAUUGAUCAAGUCCCCACGUUUGAUCCUUGA